AUGUUUGUGAGAAGAAUCUUGUUCUUAGUUCUAUUCGUGUUUCUCGGACAAAUUCCAGUACAACAAGCACGAUCAAUGAUCAUGACUAUAAUGAAUGGAUGGCGUUUUCAAUGUGCAACAACAACUUGCUUAUCUUUUGUGACGGUUUCUCUGUCAAGUAUUCUUCAAUGUCAAACGAAAUGUUUACUUGCAGUUCAAUGCAAUGCAAUCACUUUUCAACAAUCAUCAUCGACUUGUGAAUUAUUUGGUAACCUAAUGGAUCAAAAUCAUACGCUAGCAAACGAUGUGAAUUCGAUUACUAUGAUAGUCAGAUCGGAUGCACAGAUGGAAUUGGAAUCAACUAGUACAUUAGGAACUAUGGCAUUUGCAUCAACAUCAACGUCAACCACGAGCUCGACAACUUCGACCUCAACAACAUCAGCGACAACAAUCACGAGCUCGACCUCAACAACAUCGAUGACGACAACCACGAGCUCGACCUCGACAACUUUGACCUCAACAACAUCAACUACAACUUCAACAUCAACGUCAACGACGACAAGAUUGUGUACUUCGAUGUUCUUCAAUCAAACUGUUUAUACAACUGACGCUAAUCCACAGUCGGUAGCAAUCGGUGAUCUGAAUUCUGAUAAUAAACCUGAUUUAGUUGUGGCAAAUUAUGACUCGAACGAUAUCGGUAUCUUUUUCAAUCAAGACAAUGGAAUAUUCUCAAAUCAAACGACUUAUACAGUUGGUACUCAUCCAACAUCAGUGGCAGUUUCUGAUAUAAACUCCGAUGGACGACUCGAUAUUGUUGUCACAAAUUACAAUUCACCUUACAUCAGUGUUCUUCUCAACACAGGCAACGGAACAUUUCUCAACCAAGCCAAUUAUCCAACUAACAAUGGUCCACGGUCGGUCACCAUAAUCGAUAUGAAUUUUGACAACAAAUCUGAUUUUGUUACUGCAAGUUCUGCUUCGAAUACUGUCAGUGUCUUUCUCAAUAUAGGCAAUGGUUCAUUCUAUCCUCGAACUGAUUAUACAGCUGGCAAUCACCCAUAUUCAGGAGCGGUCGGUGAUCUCAAUUCUGAUGGUACACUUGAUAUUGUGACCGCAAAUAAUGGCGAUGCCAGCAUUUCUGUUCUCCUGAAUAGUGGUACCAAUACAUUUCCUACUGUAACUUCUUAUUCUGCCAGUAGUAAUCCAUUUGGAAUCGCAGUAAAAGAUUUGAAUUCGGAUGGUAAACUUGAUAUUGUCGUUGCCAAUCGAGGAUCGAACAACGUGGGUGUUUUCCUCAAUCAAGGCAAUGGUACAUUUUUCAGUCAAGUCACUUAUACUACUGCACUGAGACCACAAAUGGUAGCAUUAACCGAUGUGAAUUAUGAUAAUAUACCUGACAUGGUCGUCCCACAUCAAGGAGUGAGCAGCGUGGGUGUUUUUUUUAAUGCUGGUAAUGGAACAUUCCUCAAUCAGAUUACUUAUACAACUGGCUUGAACCCAUAUGCAUUAGCUGUGGGUGAUCUAGAUUCUGAUAACCGACCUGAUAUUGUCACUGUCAAUCCAGGUACAAAUACUACGAGUAUUCUUUUCCAUUGCUGA